GCAGGUUGUUGUUUUUAAGAGAGGCGUCACGGGCUCACGGAGCGGUGACCGUCGCGCCGUGAUAGCCGGCGCCGUGGGGCAGGGGUGGCGCUGCUCCUUCAGAGUCAUCCUGGGAAGAGUACAGUAGGCUCAACUCCUGGGCUGAAGGCAUCUUCCUCCAUCAGCCUCCCCAGCUAGCUGGGACUACAGACCUGAAAAAUGUCUGAAAAUUCCAGUGACAGUGAUUCAUCUUGUGGUUGGACUGUCAUCAAUCAUGAGGGGUCUGAUGUAGAGAUGGUGAAUUCUGUCACAGCCAGUGACAGUUGUGAAGUUACCCCAGAAGGUUCAUCGUUAGAGCAAGAAGAACUACAGGUAUUGCAGAUAGAGCAGCGAGGAAAUUUUACUCUCUGUAAAAUUAUGAUUCUUCAGGCAGGGGAAGAAAAGUCGUCUGAAGAGAAUGUCUGUUUUGGAACUGCCAGUGAUGAUUCUGAUAUUGUUACCCUUGAGCCACCAAAGUUAGAAGAAACGGGAAAUCAGGAAGUUACUGUUGAAGAAGCACAGGAUCCAGAAGACUUUAACAUGGGCUCUUCCUCCAGCAGCCAGUAUGCAUUCUGUCAGCCAGAAACCGUAUUUUCGUCUCAGCCUAGUGAUGAUGAAUCAAGUAGUGAUGAAACCAGUAAUCAGCCUAGUCCUGCCUUUAGACGACGGCGUGCCCGGAAGAAGACUGUUUCUACUUCAGAAUCUGAAGAACGGCCACUUGCUGCACAAGAACCUGAACCUUCUAAGAAGCUGAGUAGAUGCCAUUUCAGUAGUGGUCUCAAUAAGUGUGUCAUACUUGCCUUGGUGAUUGCAAUCAGCAUGGGGUUUGGACAUUUCUAUGGCACAAUUCAGAUUCAGAUGCGUCAGCAGUUAGUAACAAAAAUACAUGAAGAUGAAUUGAAUGAUAUGAAGGAUUAUCUUUCCCAAUGUCAACGGGAACAAGAAUCUUUUAUAGAAUAUAAGUUAUUGAAAGAAAACCUUGCAAGGUGUUGGACCCUUACUCAAGCAGAGAAGAUGUCCUUUGAAACCCAGAAAACAAACCUUGCUACAGAAAAUCAGCAUUUAAGAAUCUCUCUAGAGAAGGAAGAAAAAGCCUUAUCUUUAUUACAGGAAGAGUUAAGUAAACUACGAGAACAAAUUAGAAUGUUGGAAGAUAAAGGGACAAGUGCUGAAUUAGUUAAAGAAAAUCAGAAACUUAGGCAGCAUUUGGAAGAGGAAAAGCAGAAGAAACACAGCUUCUUUAGUCAAAGGGAGACACUACUGGCAGAAGCAAAGGCGCUGAAGCUGGAAGUGGAGAGAGAACGAUUAAUGACCAUGGCUUUAUCGGUGGAACUCGAGAAAUUAAGUGCUAGUCAGUCACAUGGCAACCCAGAUUCUCCCAGUGUAUUGAAUGAACAAAAGGAAAUAGCAAUCUUAAGGGAAAGACUCACUGAGCUGGAACGGAAGCUAACCUUUGAACAGCAGCGUUCUGAUUUGUGGGAAAGACUGUAUGUUGAGGCAAAGGAACAAAAUGGAAAACAAGAAGCUGAUGGAAAAAAGAAGGGGAGCAGAGGAAACCACAGGGCAAAAAAUAAGUCAAAGGAGACACUUCUGGGUUCAGUUAAGGAAACAUUUGAUGCCAUGAAGAAUUCUACUAAAGAGUUUGUAAGGCAUCAUAAAGAAAAAAUUAAGCAAGCUAAAGAAGCUGUGAAGGAAAAUCUGAAAAAAUUCUCAGAUUCAGUUAAAUCUACUUUCAGACAUUUCAAAGAUACCACCAAGAAUAUCUUCGAUGAAAAGGGUAAUAAAAGAUUUGGUGCUACAAAAGAAGCUGCAGCUGAAAAAUCAAGAACAAUUUUUAGUGAUUAUUUGCACCCACAGUACAAAGCACCCACACAGAACCAGAAUAGUAGAGGCCCUACUGUGCAAAGAGACGGAAGGAAAGAAAAGCCAGUUCACUUUGAAGGAUUCAGAAAAAGUACAAACCCACAGAAAUGCAGUGCUGAGCAUGACUGUAGAGAAAAUUAUCCUUUUAGAAAGGGUUGUUCUGGUGUAUUUGAAUGUGCUCAACAAGAAGCCAUGAGCCUUUUUAAUACAGUGAUGAAUCCUGUAAGGAUAGAUGAAUUUAGACAGUUAAUUCAAAGGUACUUAUUGAAAGAGCUGCAUACUUUUCGUCAUUGGCAAGAACUUGAUCAAUUUAUCAAUAAUUUUUUCCAAAAUGGUGUCUUUAUUCAUGAUCAGAAGCUCUUCACUGACUUUGUUAAUGAUGUUAAAGAUUAUCUUAAAGACAUGAAAGAAUAUCAAGUAGAUAAUGAUGGAGUGUUUGAGAAGUUGGAUGGAUAUAUAUAUAGACACUUCUUUGGUCACACUUUUUCCCCUCCAUAUGGACCCAGUCGACCUGAUAAAAAGCAACGUAUGGUAAAUAUUGAAAACUCCAGGCAUCGAAAACAAGAGCAGAAGCAUCUUCAGCCACAGCCUUGUAGAAGGGAAGGUAAAUGGCAUAAAUAUGGUCGCACUAAUGGAAGAUACAUGGCAAAUCUUGAAAUAGAAUUGGGGCAAUUACCUUUUGAUCCUAAAUAUUGAUUUAAUGAUUAAGUUAAAUUAGAAAACUGUAAGAGACAUAGUUGCUUUCUACAAUGGUGUUGAAACUAAGAUGAAAUUACCAAAUGACAAUGUCUUUUUUCCUUCAUUCUAAGUAUCAGUUUGAUGACUUUAUUAUUACUCAGAAGCAUCAAUCAAAAACCUACUAACAGCAUUUUCCUGUAGUUUAGCUUUGUUGAAUUUUUUUUGGCGCUGGAAAUGUUCAACAGUAGUUUUACUAAGGAAGUCAGGCAUGCAGCAGAUUUUGUGCAUGAAAUGAGACUUCCUUUCAGUGUAUAAGCUUAAAGUAAGCUCAAAUUAUACAUGACAAAGUGUAAUUAACACUGAUGUUUGUGUUACAUUUGCAGUAGAGCUUGAGAAAAGUACAUUGUGAGGGAACUUCAUCUCUAAUGUUUUAUAAUCUUAUAUUUGCUUCUUGUCUUUUUGUGGGUUCAAGAGCCCGUUGACUUGUGAAGAAUUUGCUGCCCUCUUAUCAGCUUGCUGACUUGUUUUCUUGUGAAAUUUCUUGCACAUCUGAAUAUUGUAGAAGAAACAAUAAAACUACACCAUGAGGAAAACUAAAGGUCUUUAUUUAAAAUUUGGCAUUGUAUUAAUAUGUGGUUUUAUACUAUGUGAUAUUUUACCCAUUUCCUUAGUAGUGGUAUUUGGUAAAGCAGUUCAUAGUGUUUCUUUCCAAGUUCGAAUGAAUCUUGAUUACCCAGUGUUUACUGAAGUAUUUAAACAGUACCUGAAUAUUUCCAUUCAGCAAUGUCAGUUUCUCUAGGAAAGAUUCAAACCCAGUUCAGAAUUUCACCUUCAGUUGAGUUUCCCUUUUGAAUUCCGUUCGUAGACAUAUAUGUGACUUCCAAUUCGACCCUCCGGCAAGUGAGUGUGGAAGAAAACAGCAGUUCUCUCAUAGUUGCUUGAAAUUAGGAAAGCACUUAUUUCCUAGAAGUAAAUAAAUGUUUAAGUAAAAUAAAGGCUACAUUUUACUGA